AGCACUCAUAGUCCACGGUUAAGUUGACGAAGAACAAAAUGGCGGUUGCCGUAAAGUUGUCGUUAAUCGUGUAAUUUAUCUUCUUAUAAUUUGACGCUCUUAUCAUCUGUAAUUUGGGGUAACAUUGUUCCAAAGUGUAUUGCAAGUGAACUCUACCAUUUGUAAUUCCAUCUUAGUGUGUGUUUUGAUUAGUGAACUGUAUCGUCGGCCUGAUGCGGGUCGCAAACGAAUCAUCUAUUGCAAAUGAUGACUUCAAUGCUGCCUAGUUUCAAUCCACCGAUCGUAAAGAGGCUGUUGGGUUGGAAAAAAGGCGAGGGUGAAGACAAAUGGAGUGAAAAAGCUGUGAAGAGUUUGGUGAAAAAACUGAAAAAGUCCGCGGGGCUCGACGAACUUGAAAAAGCGAUCACCACACAGAGUUGUAACACCAAGUGCAUUACUAUACCAAGACCUAAUCAAGGGGGAAUCGGUGAUAACGGCGUUCAGGGCAUCCGGGGAAAGGGUCUACCGCACGUAAUUUACUGUCGCUUGUGGCGUUGGCCAGAUUUACAGUCUCACCACGAGUUGCGAGCCAUUGAACAUUGCGAGUACGCAUUUACUCAAAAAAGAGACGAAGUUUGUGUGAAUCCAUAUCAUUAUCAAAGAAUACAAACUCCAGUUUUGCCAGCAAUCUUGGUGCCUAGGCAUAGUCUUUCUGGUGACGAAUCAGUUUUGUAUAAUACCUCAUUAGAAGAGUUGAGCGUUAGUGUACCAGAAAACACAAGCUUUCACGCGACAUUAAAUCAUCAACAGCACAACCAACAGGGCAUUCCGCAAUCCCCGCAACAACAGCAACCGAAUAAUCCUUAUCAAGGAAUGCAGAGCAUGCAAGCAACAAGUCCUGCGAGUGUCGGUAGUUUAGGAAGCGUCCAAGGGUCUCCACGGCCAGCUCCAGGAUCUAUGGAUCCUCCAGCUGAUACACCACCGCCUGGUUAUAUUAGUGAAGAUGGUGACAAUAUGGAUCAUAAUGACAACAUGUCUCUAUCACGUUUGUCUCCUAGUCCAGUAGAUGCACAACCAGUGAUGUACUGUGAGCCUGCAUUUUGGUGUUCAAUAAGUUAUUAUGAACUUAACACAAGAGUAGGUGAAACAUUUCAUGCCUCCCAACCGAGUAUUACAGUCGAUGGUUUUACGGAUCCAAGUAAUUCAGAACGCUUUUGCCUUGGCCUUUUAUCCAAUGUAAACAGGAACACAGUUGUUGAACAAACUCGACGGCAUAUUGGGAAAGGAGUAAGGCUGUAUUACAUUGGUGGCGAAGUAUUUGCCGAAUGUUUAUCUGAUUCUAGUAUUUUUGUGCAAAGUCCUAACUGUAACCAACGUUACGGAUGGCAUCCUGCAACUGUUUGCAAAAUACCACCUGGUUGUAAUCUUAAGAUUUUCAACAACCAAGAGUUUGCUGCUCUCUUGUCCCAGUCGGUAUCUCAAGGUUUCGAAGCUGUAUAUCAGUUGACACGAAUGUGUACAAUCCGAAUGAGUUUUGUAAAGGGCUGGGGAGCCGAAUAUCGCCGCCAGACUGUUACUUCAACUCCAUGUUGGAUAGAAUUGCAUUUAAAUGGACCACUUCAAUGGCUCGACAGAGUUCUGACGCAGAUGGGUUCACCUAGAUUGCCAUGUUCAUCGAUGUCUUAAAAGAUGGAUCCUUGACGAUGACCUUGCUCGGUCAAAUGUCUCGCUACUCUGCGUAAGCAUUGGAAAAAUCUUGGACUAGGGCGAACGGAAAACUUCCAAUCGAUCGUUUCAUGUAUAAGUUAAAAGUGUAUUAUUUUAUUUCAAAAUUUCCCCAAGUUUCGAUGAUGGAGUAUCGAAUAAUCACGGCAAGUGUGAUAAAAAAUAUGCAUGCAACAUAAAUUGAAGUGGACCAGGCAAAGAUGUGAUUGAGAUGGUACUCCACGUUAAGAUUACACAUUUUGGUCACAAAAAUUGAUUACCUAACUCAGACCGCCACUGGUUUAGAAAUCAUUGAUUUGUAAAUGACGACUGUAUUAAGGAAAAUUUGAAAGCAAAUAUUGAGAACUUUGAAUUUUUUAUACAUUACCAUCUGCUAUGUUUGUAAAUAUAUAUAAAGGGUUCCAUCUCGUUCCAUCUAAUCAGUGAAAGUCAAUGAUGUCAAUCUUUUUUUGCAAUUGUCCUUCGGACUUGGGCACUAACAAAAGUAAUGACAUGUUUGGCCAUUUUUCGCCAAGUCUAUCGGUUUUAUGAAAUAUUUCUUUUUUCUCAUAUUUUCGGGAACAUACAUUUAUCAAUUAGUUCCAAUACCAAGAGCAUUAGGGUGGAUUUUUUUUUUUCCACUAAAUGUAUCACUUUUUUUCUAAUUUCCUGGCGAAGAAACUGUUCAACGGAUGAAUGCGAAAUUUGACAUGUGGACUCAUUCAUCGUUUACCUAUUUACAAAAAUUAAAAAUCAUGUCCUCCCAAAAAUACACCUCCCACCCCCCUUGACGCGCGAUGAUCCCCAAUUGACGGUGUGCAUGAUUUGAGUCGUCCCAUUGGUCAAAUUGGAAAAUAGUCAGCCACGUCAUAACUUUUUUUUUUUUUGUCGAAGUAUAAUCGAAAGCAAAAUGUUGAAAAAAAGUUAGCAUCCACAACCUUCCUUGAUUAACAAUAAGUUUAAUGAGAUGGAAACCUACAGAUACACAUGUAUGUGUAUAACGCACAUGAACUGGCUGCCAAUCCCACUUAUAUCAUUAAUUGAAAAAUUUCGUUUUUCAAUUUCGGAAUUGAUUAACAAGUUUUGAUUAUCGAGAAAAUUGAUAAGAUACUACAGUCUAUUGAAAGAUUGCUUACACAAUUGUCUCUUCUUACUAGUCUGACAUAUAGCAAAAAUAUUUAUUGUCCGUUGCUUCAAAGUUAUUCACCUAUUCAACCUUGAUACCAGAUUGAACCCUUCCUUUUUAACUCUUUUCAAAUCUGUUUACUAGGAUAUUAUUUAUUACAUGAACUGUAUAUUAUUUCGCCAUCAUUCGUCAUGGUUUGAAUUUUAGGAGUGUGUUAGGAAAAAUUUAGUGAGGCAUUUUUCUCCCUGUUUCCUUUUGCCUUAAUGUUGAGGAUGAUUAUUUUAGUAUAACCAAAUUCACUCCAUUCGAUUUUUUCAAAAGGAAAUGAGUAAUGAGAAACAUACAAUAUCCCAUAUUUGCAGGCUAAAAUAUUCUUCUCUUUUGCAUUACUGGAUGAAAAUAAGCAUGAUUCUUUGCAUACAUCAUUAUGAAUGGUUGUGUUCAGCAGACAUGAAUGUUGCAUAAUAUUUCCUUAACACCACUGCUACGGUGAUUUUAUAUUGACAUUGGUUAACGAAGCACAUCACUUCCAUAACUUUAAUCUUUACUGAAUGUGGAAAAACUUACACUUAUCCUUAACAUUAUAUCACUUUAAAGUAAUUAUCUUUUCUUCUGUAGCGAGGUCUGAUUCGUACAUUACUCAUCAAAUUGGUGAGCGAGUAGGUUGAGUCAAAGUGUUUAACAAAAUGUAAUGUAAAUGAGUUAAGGGAGGUUUCUACUUUAUUCGAUCGAAAUAUCUUCCAUUUUUUAUCAGCAUUUGAUGCAAAAAAUAUUAAAUAUAGAAUGUUGAUAAUUAGUAUGUUUACUAAGGCGUCUUUAUUGUACAUGUGAAUAUGUUUUUAAAUUUGAGAAAACAUGGUACUGAGAGUACCAACAUUCUUGCAGUUUUUUAUUCAUAAAGUAAAAACGUUUGAAUAUUUUUGGAUAAUUGUGGUUCGACUAAUGACAGCGUUUAUUGUACACGUGCCUACCAAAUUUCAUAUCAAUUGCUCAUCUAGGGCGUGUAGGUGCACUUCCGCAAGUGAAGAAUAUCAUCGCUGGCGCAUUGACAUAUGUGCCUCCUCCCAGUCCCAGUAUUAUGUUUUGUCAAAAUUUGAAAAAUAUCACUAUGGACAAUAAAGACCGCUUAGUAAACAUACCAAAUAUCAAUAUUCUAUAUUUAAUGUUUUUUGCAUAAAAUAUUAAUAAAGAAUUGAGUAUUUUUUGGCCCAUCAAAGUAGAAACCUCCCUCAAUGAUUGGGGAUAAAUAUACGUAUAUUGUAUCAGUGCUCACAUGAUGUUGAGAAUUUAUGAAUGGGUUUAUAUUUUUCUACUGUGGUUUAAGGUUUAAUAUUCAAAUUCAAAAUAUCUAGUUUGUUACUUUUAUAUUUGCAAUGUUAAGAAACCUUUUAUAAUUCCAUGCAAUUGAACUUACCUAUUUUCUAAUCAAUUCAUUUUUCCUAAACAAGAUUAUACAGUGUUAAUGAUCACUUUUGUAUACUUCAGGGUUUUUAUUACUAAAAUAACAUUGGUUCGCUGCAUAACAUAGACUGCGUUUACAAGCUUUAUGCAUCUUAGCCAUGGUAUCUUCUUUAGUCAUUGUAUCUUCUUCAUACUGUUCAGUAAUUUCUCUUUAUGUUUAUUAGUGGAAAUAUGCAUAGUUCUCAUUAAUAGUGCCAAAGGUGGCCUCAGACUCAUAAUCAAGUCCACUUCGAUUUCAUAGCUGAUUGUGAGUCAUAAUUGAGGGCUCUUAUUGUAUAUCAUGCUAUAAUUCUUUUUCUCUGAAUUUUUAAGGCCCCAGGCUGCUUGUACAGUAUCUUUCUAUUUUGAUUUUGAAACACAAAUGUACGGCUUGGAAACGGAAUCGCGGGUAUGCUCUUAUACUCGACAAAAGUCAUCAAUCCACACAUUCGCGUGAUAUCUCAAGAAUAAGUCGCUCUUUCUGUCACAGAAAAUUUGUGUCAGUUUAAUUUCAACUUCCUGUAACUUAGGAAAUAUUUGUAAAAUACAAAUAUUGUUCGGCUUGUACAUCAUUAUUUGCACUUCCAAAUUCAAACUAAAUGCGUGAUUUAGACAACAAUUUACAAGUGAAAUAAUGAAUUUAUUUAGUAUUGAAGUUCGUAAAUUUAUAGCACACUGUCUAUUACAGAUCAUGCUCAGAAAUAUAAUCGACAAAUCUAAAGUAAACA